CCGGGCUCCGAUUCGGUGCGAUUUGGGUUCUAUGCUGCGGCAGAGGUGCCGAGCGAUGUGGAUAGGAUAACUUGUGAAUCCUCCCAUGUAGGGCAGACCUUGUUUUCUUUUGCGUUGAUUGAACUGGUAAAAUCAUCAUUCUCGUAAAAAAAAACUGGUAAAACCUGGCUAAAAUGAUCGAUCUUCUUGCGUCGGUUGCUUUGCUAGCGAAGUGCAAUCCAAUUUGUAUCCGCUCGUUUGUAGGUUUUACUACUAAAUGGUGUGAUUUUACCCACUUAUUUUUCUUCGUUUUAAUUUUAUGUUAAUUCAGAUUGUGUUGCCGACGUGUUGCUAUUCUUCUUCUGUCGUUUGCCAUUAAAAAAAUGGCUACUAGGUUCUUUAAUUUGCACUCCACCAAAACACGAAAUUAGGUCCAGCUUUACCUCAAGGAUGCCUUGAACAAUUUAAUGAUCGGUACACUUGUUAUGGACAUUGUGGCACAACCAACAGUAGUGGUUACUUACUUCCCCGAUGAAAAAAAAUGAACGGUUAGUUUGCUGUGCCUGUCAGUAUGGAAGUCAUUUGCGUUGUAGCCUGUCAUGAUUCUGUCCAAUCCUUUGCAGGUUUAAUUAAAAUCUGUGUAGGACGAUCAUAUUUCAUUUUGUCACCAGUCAGAUUCUUAACUAGCGCCAUGCUAUUUACUUCAGUUUGUCUUACAUUAGAAUAGAUGCACAUAUUAUGUACAUUAUUAUCUACUUUCUCACUGUGCUUUUUCUUCCUGUCCCUUUCCUUUUCAUUCCAUUCAUUUCAUGGAAUAUUGCCACCUUUCAAUUACACCAUCAGCAUGCUUGUCCCCCGUUUGUAUACCCUUGCCGUCUCUCUCUCCUUGCUUGUUCAGGAUUGUGUUCUUGAGAACCUCACCCUGAGCAUACGCAAUUUCUUCAUUUGCUCCUUAAAGCAAUUCCGUGCUAUCCAGUUUGUCACCUAUGGCUACAUCCAAGUUGAUAUUAGUGCAUACCACUUGUUCUACUUGUUUCUGUUGUUUUUUGUCCUAUCCACAUGUCAUCAAUUUGCUCUCCCGAUAUUUUUGGCUCCUGUGCUCUUUCCUUAGUUGCCUUGCAACUUCGAGCUCUUCAAGAUGCCUAGGAGGACAGAAGAUGCUGCUUUUCCCAACCAAGUUGAACCAGAAGAAUGCUUGGAGUUUGAUGAUCAUGAAGAGGAGGUAGAAGAGGAAGAGGUUGAGUAUGAAGAAAUUGAGGAGGAGGUAGAGGAGGUAGAGGAGGAGGUGGAGGAGGACGACGAUAUUUUGGAGGAAGUAGAGGAGUCAGAGGAGGAGGAAGACCCUGAAGAAAGAGAAUUUGAUGACAGUGACAGCAAAUUGGAAGUUGUUCAUCAGCAGGUUGAGGCCGAAGAUGGGAAUGACAGAGAGAAGCAUGCGGAGCUUCUUUCUCUUCCUCCUCAUGGAUCUGAAGUAUAUGUUGGGGGCAUCUCCACUGGGGCAUCUUCUGAAGAUCUCAAGAAACUAUGCGAGCCAGUUGGCGAAGUUGUGGAAGUGAGAAUAAUGCAAGGCAAGCCGGGCAAAAUGGAUUAUGCUUUUGUUACUUUCAGAACUAAGAAUCUCGCUUUGAAGGCCAUCGAAAAAUUGGACAAUUCAACUUUCAAGGGAAAUAGGAUAAAUGUUUCUUCCUCGCAGGCUAAGAACAAGCUAUUUGUUGGAAAUGUUCCUCGCAGUUGGGCACAUGACGAUUUGAAAAAGGCUGUGGAAGAGGUUGGUCCUGGAGUAUUAAAAGUUGAUCUCAUUAAGGACAAGCGUACGGAUGGCAAUAAAGGUUAUGGUUUUGUUGAAUACCAUAAUAAUGCAUGUGCUGAGUAUUCGAAGCAGAAGAUGUCUACAGAAGAUUUCAAACUAGAUACAAACUCUCCUACUGUCAGCUGGGCAGAUGUUAAGAAUGUUGAUUCUACCUCUGCCGGCUCUACUUCACAGGGAAAAUCUGUAUAUGUCAAAAACCUGCCCAUGGAUGUUACUCCAAAGCAGCUGAAAAAGCUGUUUGAGCACCAUGGUGAAAUUAUAAAAGUUGUUCUCCCCCCUUCAAAAGAUGGUCAUGAUAAUAGGUAUGGUUUUGUUCACUUUAAGGACCAUCACAUGGCCAUGAAGGCUGUGAAGAACACAGAGAAAUAUGAGCUGGACGGUCAGCUCCUGGAAUGCUCGCUUGCAAAACCUCCUGCCGAUAGAAAGGACGAGGCCGUAUCAGUAUCUAAUGCAAAAGGUGGUCCGUUGCUCCAUGCCCCACUUGGAUAUGGUAUCAUGCCACGACCAGAUGCCUAUGGUGCACCUCCUGCUUACGGUGCACCCCCUGCUUAUGGUGCACAGCCUUUGUUGUAUGCCCCAGGAGCUCCUCCUGGUGCAGCAAUGGUUCCAAUGCUUCUACCGGAUGGACGUCUUGUAUAUGUUGUACAACAGCAUGCAGUGCAGCAGCACUACGCUUCCCCUCCACCCCAAGUGCGGCAGCAUCAGCAUUUCUCAUCUCAUUCUUCACAUGCACGGCAAAGUGGACACCAUGGUGGUGGUAGUGGUGGGGGCAGUGGUGGAUCAAGCAGGUACGGGUCUGGUACAAAGCGGCCGAGGGGAGAUGACAACAGCAGCAGCAGCCGCAACAAUGGCCGGCAACGUCGAUAGUGGACUUAGGAGGUGUGCGGUACUUUUGGUUCUAGCAUCAGCUAGGAGUAAUAAGUCCAUGUUUUCCCCCCUCAGAUUUUUUGACAAACCUACCUGCUCAACCUUGUCCCUGUGAACUGCAAAACCAUCUUUUCUGCACCACUAUCUUUAGUUUCUGCUAUGGCGGGUCCAGUUUAGAACCGACAGGAACUACACUGGUGUCUGAUGUUCGUGCUAGCUAGGCUGCCCAUCCAGAGCAGACUGCAGAACAACAGCAAAUGACACUCUUGUGUGGACUAGCUUAGUUUCAGUUCAUUCUACAGCUAUGAAUUUGUUUGUUGAUCCUUUGAAUUGCAUGCACGAACAGAAAUACCAAAUGGUUUCAUAAAAUUAGUAUCAGUUAAUACAACAUUCAUGUGAUGGCUAUCGUCAGAUAA